GAAAGAUUUUAAAUGACUACUUCCGGGUACGCCCCCUUUUUCUUCCCCUGUAACGUUUGCGUGACCGAGGCGGAAAUCCAGUGUGAUUAUUUUCCACGCAAACAUGGCAGAGGCGCAGUCCGGAGAAGGCGACGUGGGCAUCACCAACGAGCAAAUACUACAAGUAGGAGCUGUGCUGCUCAAGGAAUUCAUUUUCGAGCGAGUUCGUCGGCACGGGGACAGCGGAGGGGAUGCCGGGGGGGACAGCGGCGGGGACGGCAACAUUUUGAGGAAUGAACUGGGAGGCAGUGGACUGUGUGACCCCAGCCAUAAGAAACUCGCUCAGUGUUUACAGCAGAUCGGAGACGAACUGGAUAACAACGCAGAUCUGCAGAGAAUGUUAGCCGACUCGUCGAUCCAGCCGACUCGAGAAAUCUUUGUGAAGGUGGCACGUGAGAUUUUCUCGGACGGGAAGUUCAACUGGGGCAGAGUGGUGGCGCUGUUCUACUUCGCUUGUCGACUUGUGAUGAAGGCUCUUUUGAAGAAAAUUCCAGAAAUCAUCCAAACCAUUGUCACCUGGACUAUGGACUACCUGCAGGAACAUGUGAUUACCUGGAUUCAGGAACAGGGAGGCUGGGAGGGGAUCCGCUCCUACUUCGGUACACCGACCUGGCAGACAAUCGGCGUCUUUCUGGCCGGAGUUUUAACCACCGUGCUGGUAAUGCGCAAAAUGUGAAAACGAGAAAGAAAGAGAAGAAGAAGAAGAAGAAGAAAAUGAAGCGAGAGAGCAAGACUGGCGGGAAACAAAAAGACAGAGGGCAGAGGGAGGGAGAGACAGAGCUGAUAAAGGGAACAGAGGAAUGAAGAGAGAGAAAGGCAGUAAGAGGCAGAUGCAUUAUUAUGUGAAUGGAGAGAGAGAGAUCAGACCGAGAUCGGAUGAUCACGAGAGAAGCGUUAUUUUUAAUCUCUCCACUUUGUGACUCUUGAGCCUAUUUCCUUUCUUGUCUAUAUAUAUAUAUAUAUAUAUAUAUAUAUAUAUAUAUAUAUAUAUAUAUAUAUAUAUAUAUAUAUAUACAUAUGCACUGAAAAAUGAGAUGAGGAUGAGGGAGACAGGAGGGAAAAGAGGUGGUUUUGGACCUUAAUUUUUAAGUUAUUUAUUUUUAUCAUCAGGCAAACCUGAAUAAUAAUUGCCUUGGACUUUAUAUAUAGAGUAGAUCAGACGUUUAGAUUAGCCUUUCGAAGAAAUUGACAGACGAUUCCUGUACUAGGAAAUGAUCUGCAUGCCUACUUGAAUCGCUCAUCUCUCGCAACGAACACAAAAAUUGCACAUACUUAUUACUUGCAAAGGGUUUAUAAAGGCUUUAUAAGCAUGCCAUCGCUCUUUUACCUCACAAUGUCCUUUGUUUUAUAUUUGUUUUCUUUUACGGUGUUCGCAUUAGGUUCAGGAGGUGCUAUGCUCUGUCUCCCUCGUUCUUUCUCUCGUUCCUUCCUUUUUUCGUUUUCGACACCCGGGUAGUGCUACUACUGAGCGGAUCUGUGUGCGGUCCUGGCCGGAGUUUGCGCACGUCCACGUGCGGGGACACGGUUGCGAUUUUUGGUGCUGAAGUCAUAUGCAGAGACGCCAAGGGAGUUUGCAGCUUUGCCUGAGAAUUGGAGUUAACGACAAUCUAAUAACACAGGUUUUUUUUUUAUUCGAGUCAUGGCUGCAUUCGUUAUCAAUUUCUGGCGUCUACAUGGUGGCGCAGGAAAACGGGAAAAUGUUCUGAAGUAGGGGUUGGUGGAAAUCUACGAAUUAAUUAACCUGCAAGAACAAUUAGCUCUCUCCAAAUAACCCAUGCCCUCUAAUUCUGUCCCCCCUGCGUCCGCUGACCUCGUGACAUUGCCAUCUCAUCUAAUUAGCAUAUUAAUUCAAGAGCAAUAGAUCCUCCUAAUAUUCCUCCAAAUUGCUGCAAGCUCCCUCGGUGUAAAGACGUACGCGUGUCUCCUGUUUGAAAGUACACACUUGCACAUAGACAUCGACCCGGUCUUCUCAAAGUGGUCUUAGUACUGUACUCCCCUCCCCCGUUUCUAUUAUUUGAAACCCAAUCACAUGCAAUCACUUUUAUACACUUUCUCAUGUUUUUGUGUUAUUUGGAUACAAUU